AUGGAAAGCGUUAUUGCGUAUAUGCGGGGAGAGGUGGCACUCUCUGAAGUAAUUAAGGCAUACCCUACCAAUACAACAAAUACAAAGGCUUCUGCAUAUAUUUUGUUUGAAAGCUUAAAAGACAUCACAGCCCCCAAUGCACUUAGUCUGCACAUAAUGGCGGUAGAAAAAUUCUUUAGAAAAGAGUAUAUUCCAGGACUAUUUUCUGAGUAUAUAAGAAUUCUUGUGAACCAAAGAAUGAAAAUACACCAUGCUGAGAUAAUUAGAGUAAUGGUAUAUUCUCUUUCUAAGCUGGAGAGGCUGGGAGAGGUCUUAAACUUGGAAGAAAAACUUUUUUUACUUCUGAAGACAGAGCACUCAAAGGAAAUAGAUUUAACCGAUAUACUGAGAGUGUGUCUGAGUAAGGGAAGUUUAGAGUGGAUGAAUAGAUACUCUGAAGUAGUACUAGAAAAAAAGUGUAGAGAACUAUAUGCAUCUAUAGACAAAAGUGUGGUUAGCUGCAUACUCAUGAAAGCUAUAGGAUCAGCAGACAUAGCAAAAGUAAUAGAUGAAAGGAAAGAAUUGCUUAGUGGAAUGUCUGAAUAUAAUCCAUCCAUACUUCUUCCAUUGGUUAACUCAUGCAUUUCUUACAUACUGUGCAAAGAAAUAGAAAACAGAUCGAGUAUUGUAGUCAAUAGCAAUAAACAGCAUAUAGCCGUGUCUAGUACUGGGUGCUCUGAUGUAAUUAACAUAGCCUCUAGUGACACACAUAGACUAAAAAAGACAGUGCAAGUAUUGCCAGCGAGUUCAUCAGGUGAGGUUUUAGCACAGUCUAUACCUGAUUACAUGCUGGACAAGCACAGAAAAGCAAUAGUUAACUGGCUAAGAGCGCUUAGAAAGUCCUUUAUAGAACAAAAAACUAUAGGCAGUUCAGAUGAAGAUGCACCCUUAGUUGAUUUGAUGCAUAAAAAUAGUGAUUCUAGCGCGCAUGCUUUAGUAAAAACCCUCGCAUGCACUAUUCUGUCUAAUAAAACAGAAAGGCUCUUGGCAGAGUCUAUUUCUAUGCUUAAUGGUAAAUCUGUUCUUCUGUUGUGUGAUGUAUGCAAUGACAUAAAUGUGCCGGCAGGAAGCUUGCUAUCCAGAGACUUGCUAAUGAAGUUGCUUGAAGUGUCAGGCGAUAUAGAGUAUAUUAAAUCACAGAGCAUUGGCCAUAUACUCAAUAUAAAAGAAGAGUUGCAAAUAAGGUAUGAUUACUAUUUGACCAGAAUACUACACAAAGGCAUAACACUCACUGUUUCUCUUAACUUAAUAUGCCUUAUCAUAGCGUGUGGAUAUCAUAGCAGGAUUGUUGGUCUGGCAGUGCGGCUGUCUGAAGUGCUUAAACAAAUGGAAUACAGAAAUAGAAGUGGAUUUAUGCUUUGUAACAAAGAGCAGAAUCAUGAAAUGGAGCUUAUUCCACCCAUACUUAGUAGAAUUAUAAGAACCGUUUAUAUAAAGAAGAAAGACUUACAACGAAUUUUACAGGAGGUUAUUUAUCUUAUUACUAUUGAAAAUGUUCAAUUGGUUAAAGGCCUCUACCAAGUUCUUACUGAAAUAAUAUAUGCGUACAAAACACUGGACGAAGGAGUUUCAGAAAAAAUGUAUGGUCUUAAAAAGCCAGCACAUAGUAAGUGUGGAUAUCUUGAAAAUGUCUAUACCCUGCCGGAAAUAGAGAACCCGAGCAGUAAUCAAAGCAAACAGUGCUCUACACAAAAAGAACUUAGCAGCACUGCAGAUAUAGCUAAUAACAAUACAAUGACAGUAUCUGUUGAAAUAUUUAAUAUUCUUGAGGUUGAUGGAUUUAGCCACUCUGUUAGAACAGAGAUAAUGGAGUUGAUUAUGGCAAUGAUACAAACUACAGAUGGCUUUUUAAUCAAAAGAUUGCAGAAUAAUCUGAUUCCUGAAAUACUGGAUUACUAUAUUUCAAAUAAUAUCCUUAUAAACUGUAAUGAUACUGCAGUAUUAAUACAGUUCCUUAUAUGCGUCUCUAAACAUAGAUUGACAGUACAAAACACGAUUAAGCUAGUUUUUCUUCUAAUGAUACUUAUAGAAAGAAGCAUUGCACGGUCAGAAGAUAUUAUUAAGAUUUUAUAUGAGAAAGACAAAUAUUCUUUGGCCUGUUCUGUAUACUAUAAUGUAAAAAAAGAUAGAAAAGCUCGAAAGGCCUCAAUAAUCUCGCCACGCACUAUAACUAAAAUACAGAAAAUAUUUAUAGCAUAA